AUGCAGCCACUUGCGAUCAGAUUCCCGACAAAGAUCUUCAGUAGUCGCCGGUCACGUUCCUUGUUCUUUCUUGUCUUUUUCAUCCUUUCUUUGGCGUUACUACUUCGUCAUGGCUUCUCAGAAGGAGGUCGGACAUGGACUGCCAACCUGCCAGGCUGGGCUGGCGGGCAUCGAGACACAGCAACGGAACCAAAUUUCACGCCACACCCUAUAGAUCGACUCAUCCGCGAUGCCUACCAUCACUUACACACCCUGCUAGCGAAGCGGUCGUUCACCGUCGAAGAAGCGGCGGCUAAUUAUCGAGAACGUCGUGGUCGCCACCCGCCGCCGGGCUUCGAUGUUUGGUUCGAGCAUGCGCAGCGUGAUCAGGCGGUCAUCGUGGAGGAGUUCUUCGACAGGAUACACGACGACAUAAAUCCGUUCUGGGCGCUUGACCCACGGACACUGCGCCGCCAGGCACAUUCACAGCCCCAGGUGAUUCGAGUGCGAAACCGCACGGCGACCUUCGAGACCGAUGACCCGAACCGCCAACCCUGGAUACAGUUGUGGCAUGGCUUAAUACGAGAGAUGUCGCCAUAUCUUCCAGACUUAGAUAUGGUCGUCAACGUGAUGGAUGAAACGCGACUAUUAGUCCCGUGGGAACAGUUAGGCGAGUAUGUCCAGAAGGAGCUUCAGGGGCGGCGACUCACCGACCCCAAAGACACGAUAUCCAGAUACAGCGGCCUGCAAGAUGUGGAAACAAAUAACAGAGAGAUUACCAAUCCUGACUGGAUUACAAGCGGCGCAAAUCAAUAUUGGGACCACCUACGUCAAGCUUGCCCCCCGGAUAGCCCUGGCAGAAAUAUCACGGCGCUGGAGACGUUCGAUGGCCCCGUGGAGUAUCCUCAUGGCGUUAUGCCUUACAUGUAUAAGGGCUUCAUUCACAAUGUCACCCAAGCCCGUGAUCCAUGCCUGCAACCUCAUCUACGCGGCAUGCACGGCACAUUUGUAGAAAGCGUUAGCAUGUCGACGCUACACGCCUUAUUUCCGAUGUUUGGAGGAUCCAAGCUGCCACAGAACAAUGAGUUGCUGAUCCCUGGUGCCAUGUAUCUCUCGGAGCGCGAAUUCUACAACGGCGGACAAGGGCAUGGGCCAGAAUGGCCAAAGAAGAAGGACGGCUUGGUUUGGCGAGGAACGGCCUCGGGAGGUCGGAACAAAAUUGAUAACUGGUGGCAUUUCCACCGUCAUCGCUGGGUACAGAUGAUGAACGGGUCAACGGUAACGGCUAUGGAGGCAGGAGAGACAUGGCAAGGACCGACUUUCGAUCUACCCACAAUGGAUCAAUACCCGACCAUGAAAGAAAAGCAAGGUCAGCUGGGACACUGGCUCGCCAACUUUUCCGAUGUGGCGUUCAUGAACCUGGAGUGCUUCGCCGACAUCAGCAAGAAGGACAGGAAGAAGGGGUUGUGCCCGUACACGUCACCUUUCAUGAGUGUGCAAGCCAGCAAGCCGAUGAAGCAACAGUACAAGUACAAGUACCUACCCGACGUGGAUGGGAACUCAUUCAGCGCAAGAUGGCGGGCUUUCCUGCUAUCAACCAGCCUCCCCCUUAAGGCGACCAUCUACACAGAGUGGCACGACGACAGGCUCAUCCCGUGGCUGCACUUUGUACCCUUUGACAACUCCUACAUGGACAUCUACGGGGUCAUGGACUACUUUCUCGAUGGCAGAGAUAGACAAGCGGAGAUGAUCGCUCUGGAAGGGGCGCAGUGGGCGGCCAAAGUUUACCGAAGAGAAGAUAUGAAAUUGUACGUCUGGCGACUGUUGCUAGAAUACGCCAGGGUCGUGGACGAUCGCAGGGACUUGUUGGCGUAUGUAGAUGAUGUAAGAUAA